CCGAAGCAGCUCGAGAGAAGAUUUCUAACGUGAACAGUAUAAGUCAAACAUAGUCAACAAUCCUCAGGCUUCAGAUAAAUUACAGACCUGUUUUUAUGACAUGGACGGUGAAAAUAUUGAAGCCAAAGGUAACGUGGGUGAUCUGGUGAUGCAGAACCCUCAAGCACUCGCGGCUCUUCAGGACAGACUAGACAACUUAACACACAGUCCUUCAGUUAUGGACAGCUUACCGCUCUCUGUCAGGAGACGAGUCAACGCCUUGAAGAAUCUGCAAGUCAAAAGCUCACACAUAGAAGCCAAAUUUUACGAGGAGGUACACGAGCUGGAAAGAAAGUAUGCUGCUCUGUAUCAGCCACUGUUUGACAAGAGGAAAAGCAUUGUAACUGGUGCAGUGGAACCUACAGAUGAGGAAUGUGAAUGGCAGAGUGAUCACGAGGACGAAGAUCUGGCAGAUGAGUUCCAGAAGAAAGCCUCUAUAGAUGAGAAGAAAGCAGAAGAGGAGGGCGCUGCUGAGGAAAAUCCCAAAGGAAUUCCUGAAUUCUGGCUCAUUAUAUUCCGUAGCGUGGACAUGCUGAGCGAUUUGCUACAGGAAGCUGAUGAGCCAAUCCUUAAACAUCUACAAGACAUUAAAGUGACAUUUUCUGGACCUGGUGAACCAAUGAGUUUCACUUUAGAGUUUCACUUUGAACCCAAUAGCUACUUUAAAAACACCGUCCUCACAAAAGUCUACAAGAUGAAGUCGGAACCUGACACUGACGAUCCGUUCUCCUUUGAAGGACCGGAGAUCAUCGCCUGUGAGGGAUGUGACAUCGAAUGGCACAAAGGAAAAGAUGUUACCGUCAAAACGAUUAAGAAAAAACAGAAGCACAAGGGCAGGGGUGUUGUCAGGACGGUCACCAAACAAGUGCCCACUGACUCCUUUUUUAACUUUUUCAACCCAAUUAAAGUUUCCCCAGAUAGUGAAUUGGACGAGGACUCUGAAAUCACUCUAGCCACAGAUUUUGAAACCGGCCAUUUCUUCAGAGAGAGGAUAGUACCCCGAGCCGUGCUGUACUUCACCGGAGAGGCACUAGAGGAUGACGAGAGCUUUGAGGAAGAAGAGCUCGAUGAAGGUGAAGAGGAGGAUCAAGAGGACGAUAUGGAGGAAGAAGAAGAAGAGGGAGAUACAAAGGCAUAAGUCAUUUGUCACUUCAUGCAUUUCUAGAGCGGAGAAGCCCAACCUGCAGAGUGCAAACAGCAGUAACAGACUAGCGCUAUCUGCAGCAAGUCAGUUUCCUGCUCAGCGUCGCCCGAUCUCUGCAAAACCCUCAUCCUAACCGAACAGCAAACAUCAACACAAUAACAUAGUGCAUGAUUUAUUCUUUAUUUUUCCUUUAAAAGUAUGGUCACUGUUAGCAAAAAAAAUAGAAUAAAAAAACUAAAUUCGGUUUGUAACUGUGGGUUAUUGCAUCCCGAUCAAACUUUUUUUUUUGGUUUAUUGAUUUUAAAUCCAAACACACAUUCCAGAGGCCCUUCCUUAUAUUUGGAAAGUUGGAAUGACAUUAAUUAGUUCCAAAGUUAACAGAUUUAAUCUUUUUGACUUGAUAGUUUACUCAGGGUUUUUUAUGCUGAGAAUACAUGCACACGCUCCAUUGUGAAAACGCUGAUAAGAAACUGAUCUCUCGCUCUCUCUUUAUUUUUGUUUGGUCAUCUUAGGUUCUUACAGUUAUUAUUACUCCAAAAACUUUUUAGAUCUUUUUCAAAUUAUUCCGAAGUUAUUUAUACAAAUGUUUGCGUUUUUUAAUGGUGUAAUAAACUACUCAUGUUGUUCCUACUCCCUCCCCGUGAAUUUAAGAGUGGAAGAGCAUUGUCUCUCUGCCUUGUAGAUUUUCUCUCCCUAUCUUUAACUACAAUGUUAUUGCUUUACUGCCCUGAGCGCUUACUAAAGAAUUAAAUAUCAAUAUUGCCAAAAAAGAU